AUGGAGUUUAUUAGUAAUAAAAUGACCUCGAAGAUAACGAAGCUACUUAAUGAUGUCAGCAUUGUUUCGUCGGGUUAUCUACCUCAAUGGGUCGUUGACCUGGCUCUGUCAUGUUCCUUUUUACUUCCGUUCGAGAUACGCUGUCGUAUAUUUUGGCUGGUGGACGUGGACAAGCAGCGAGCAAUCAACAAAUUCAACGACCAGCAACAGCAGCAGCAGCAGUUACAACAGCUGCAGGUAGCUGCUAAAAUAAUAAAGAGAGAUGACGUUCUGAACCAAGCAGAGAUUGUAUUGGAUGAGUUGGUUGGAUCUAAUGCUGUCCUCGAGAUCCAGUUUCAUGACGAGGCGGGGUUCGGCCUGGGUCCGACGUUGGAGUUCUACACGUUGGUCUCCCAGCAGCUUCAACUCUACAAAUAUCACCUCUGGAUCGGUACAGCCAGUGAUAACAACGACGACGGUGGUGUCGCUAGCGGCGGCGAUGCUGCUUCCUGGAAUGCAGCCUCCAAAGAAGCUGCUACUGCUGCUGCUAGUGAGGAUGGCAAACGUCUGCAGAUGAUCCUCGAUAAGUUCGAAUUUCUCGGAAGGUUCAUGGCUAAGUGUCUCAUUGAUUCCAGAUUCCUGGACCUUCCGCUGAGUAUCUGCUUUUACAAAUGGUUGAGAGGUGAGGAAUCGACCCUGAACUUAUCUGACCUGCGGUAUGUAGAUAGGGGCUUGUACAACAUACUCCAUAAGAUGCAGUGCUUGGUCAAUAUGAAGGAGAGCGUUGAGAGCAGACGAGAUUUGUCUGCAGCUGAGAAGCGUGAACAAAUAGAAUCAUUAACCCUGGACGGGUGCAGCAUAGAUGACCUCUGUCUGACCUUCACCUUGCCGGGGUACUCGAACAUUGACCUAGUCCACGAGGGCUCGCAAGUUGCUGUUACUAUCGACAAUUUGGAAGACUAUGUUGAGAAAUGUGUGUACUGGUUGUUAAUCGGAGGUGUGCAAAGGCAGAUGUUUUCCGUCAGACUCGGGUUCGAAUCCUUCCUACUUCUAUCAUCUCUCCGAUUGUUCUAUGCACAUGAACUGGACAUUUUAUUCUGCGGAUCGACAACAUACCGAACCGUGAACAACGCCGACCAAUGGACUCCCUCCUACCUCAUGGGAGUCUGUCGGACCGACCAUGGAUAUUCGCAGGACUCGACGACGGUGCAUCACUUAUUUAACGUUAUGGCUUCAUUUAGUCAUAAGCAGCAGAGAUUAUUCGUUCAAUUCAUCACGGGUUCUCCGAGACUUCCCAUUGGAGGUCUGAAGAGUCUCAAGCCACCCCUGACAAUCGUUCGUCGCACGGUUGAGUUGGGUUCAAAUGCAGACGACUAUCUGCCAUCGGUCAUGACGUGUGCUAACUACCUGAAACUUCCAAACUACUCGAGCAGUGAGAUCCUGAAGGAGAAAUUACUUUUCGCCAUGAAUGAAGGAAAACUUUCUUUCCAUCUAUCUUGA